AUUAUUCCAAGAAUGUUAGUAGAUAACUCUGAUUCUGGUUGCUCUAGGUACAGAUCAAUUAAAUUUAGAAUAAUUAAAAGUUAAAACUUGAUUUUGCGAAUUAUUGAUAAUGGGAAAGCUGUUUCUUUAGAAAAAGGUAAUAAAGAGUUCUAGGUUACAUUAUAUGAAAAAGAUGCUAAUGAAGUAAAGUUAACUAAAUACUUACAUAGGAAAAUUCAAAGCUCAUUAUUUUUAAAGAAGAAGAUGUUAUUUAUGAAAAUUAAUUAAAAUAUAAUUGUGAGCCUCCAGGACAGGGCUCUACAAAAGUUUUAUUUUUGAAAGAAUAUAAAGGAAUUGCUAUUAAAUGGAGUUCUGGAUUAUUAUCUAAGUUUGAAUUCAUGAUAGAUUAAUGA